AUGGUGUUCAUGAAUGUCCUGGUUGAUGCCCUCAACAAUGCUGAAAAGAAAGGCCAAUUCCAGGUUCUUAAUAGGCCAUGCUCCAAAGUCAUUGUCCAAUUUUUAACUACGACAAUGAAGUAUGAUUACAUUGGCAAAUUUGAAAUCAUUAAUGACCACAGAGCUGUAAAAAUUGCUAUGAACUUCACUAGUAAGUUAAACAAGUGUGGAGGGAUCAGCCCCAGAUUUGAUGUGCAACGUAAAGAUCUAGAGAAAUGGCAGAAUAAUCUGCUCCCGCCUAGUCAGUUUGGUUUCAUUGUACUAACAAUCUCAGUUGGCAUCAUGGAAUGUGAAGAAAUAAGACAGAAACAUAUAGGAAGGAAAAUCCUGGGAUUCUUUUUCUAG